AUGGACGAGUCAUAAUUCAAUUCUUUAUAGAAAACUAUAAUCAUUCCUCCUAGAACACUUCAUUAAACUAUAUUAUAAGAGUAUAACAAUCCAAAUCCUAACUUCUCUUAAUUUAUACAUCAAACUUAAAACAAUCCUUGUUUAAUCAACGGUGAAUUAAUUCCCAUCUUUAUCGUUUACGAAUCUGAUGUUAAUCUUUCACAUUCAUUUCAACUCAAAAAAGAUAAUCAAAUUAUGAGAUGUUAUCCAUCUUAUUAUUAAACUGAUCUCUAUGUUCAUAAUACAUAUAUAGAAACUAAAAAAUAAACCUUAUAAGACAACAAAGUUAUAUAUUGUAAGAUUCUUGAAAUCAAUAUCAAUGAGGAAUACCUUGAGUCAGAAAUCGAAUUAAUUAUCUUUGGAACCUAUGAAUAGUAGUAUUAGUAUAAGGGUAUCAAAUAUAUUUUGAGAAAUGAAAUUCCCAAAGAAUAAUAUAAAUAAUUACAAUAUCAACAUACAAUCAAAGUCACUAUUAGCAAUGCAUUUGAUUUACAAUAUAAUUAUUUUGGGAACACUAUUAAAAUGAACAUUGUUUUUAAAAUUCAAUAACAUACAUCAUUAGAUUAAAUUGAAAUGGAUUUUCUUUUAAGUGAAAGUUCAAUGGUGUGGAAGGAUGUUGGCAUUAAUAGAAUUGUACCAAAAUGCAUGUUAUAAAAUAUAUCCAUAAAUAAAUAAUACCUUAAUAAUGAAGAAGGUUACAUUGAAGUACUAUUAGAUUGGCCAGCUAUGUUAUAAAAUGAACAAUUAUAACCAGAUCUACCAUCAAGAAGGUUGAGCAUUGUAUAAGUUAAUCCAGUAUUAGAAAUUAAAACACCUCUUUAUAUUAGAUGGGGAUUGUAAAAAUAUACUAAAUGCUGUACCAUUCUAUGGAAAGUUAAACCAAUAUAAACUAUUGGAGGAGAAAUUAAAGAGGUUGUAAGAUAUAAGGAUUCAUAAAAUUAAGAAUAUUUAGCAUUAAAAAUAGUUCUAAUCAAUUAUUCUGGGAAAGAACAUGAAAUAAUAUUUUGUCCUCCUUCUUAAAUAUUUGGAAAGAAACUUAAUUAAAAAAAAGAUUAACCUUUAGUGGUUUUAGGUAUCACCUUGUCCAAAGAAUAAAAUUUAGGAAUCUUAUAGCCAAAUUAAAUAUGUGAAACAAUUCUAAGAGUUCAAUUAAUUAAUAAUGGAAUUUUAAAUAUGCAACAGAUCAAUCUAAAAAUAGAUAAUUAAUUAACUGAGUUAAGUUUGAAUUUUUUAUAUUCUCAUCAAUGA